AUUAAAGUCAUUCUUUCGCGUCUUCCAUUUUCCCUCGUUAAAAUAAAUACCCCUCCCCGUCCACCACCACUCCCCGACAAGGCGACAACAGAAAAGACGAGAGCUUUUCAAUUGCUUCACCGACUCACACCUUCUCCCCGGCCGCCGGCGACCUUUCCGGCUUUUCCUCAUCUUUCCCGUUUUCACCUCCCCAACACUUUACCCUUUCCCGUUGCAGAUUUGGAAGAGUUUUAUUUCUUGCCCAGAUUCUCCCAUCUCCGGCCAAUGCGCCGGCGUUUCUGCGUUUCUUCUCUUCUUCCUUGCUCUGGGUUUGUCCUGAUUUGUAGCUCUUGAAGACAAAGAUAGGAUUUUUCCUUUUCUGGAAUCUUAUUAUGUGGGGGAGCUCAGAACAGACCUUUCGUCUCUGAAAAAUUGAAUCUUGAGUGCUGAAAAAUGAGAAGGGUGUUUUGCAUUUUCUUGUUGAGUUUUUUAACUCCCAUUUUGGUUAGGGCUUUGGACCCUUCACUGAAUGACGAUGUUCUCGGGUUAAGCGCCUUCAAAUCCGACAUUCUUGAUCCAGAUGGGAAGCUGAGUUCUUGGAAUGAGGAAGACUACAGUCCUUGCUACUGGGCUGGGGUGAGAUGCAACCCAAGAUCCAAUAGGGUGUCUGAGCUUAAUCUUGAGGGUUUUGGGCUUUCUGGGAAGAUAGGCUACAGAGGCCUUCUUCAAUUGCAGUUCCUCCAGAAGCUUUCGCUUUCGAAGAACAAUCUUACCGGAGGGUUGAGUUAUAGCCUCACCCAGAUUUCCAAACUUAGGGUUUUGGAUUUAAGCAUGAACAGUCUUUCUGGGGUCAUCCCAAAUGAGUUCAUUCAACAAUGCAUGCUGUUAAAAUCAGUCUCCUUGGCACGAAACAGGUUUUCGGGCCAAAUCCCAGAGAGUUUGAGCACUUGUGUGGCUUUGGUUUCUUUAAACCUGUCUUCGAAUCGGUUUUCUGGAAGCUUACCUUCUGGGAUUUGGUCUUUGCCUUCCCUGAGGUCUCUUGAUCUGUCAGAUAAUCUUCUUGAGGGUGAGAUUCCAAAGGGCGUUGGAGGUCUCAAGAAUUUGAGGGAAGUAUAUUUGCAGAAAAAUCGAAUUUCGGGUAAUGUGCCUUAUGAACUUGGAGACUGUUUGUUGCUGAGGUCAAUUGAUUUCAGCCAAAAUUCCCUUUCUGGAACCCUUCCCACCUCACUUCAGAAGCUAAGAAUGUGUAACCGGUUCAUCGUGAACCAGAACAAACUCUCUGGUGAUCUUCCAGAAUGGAUUGGAAAAAUGAAAAGCCUUCAGAUAUUAGACCUCUCAGAAAAUAACUUCUCUGGUCAAAUCCCAACUUCCAUUGAAAAGCUUCAAUCUUUGAACACACUCAACCUGUCUCAGAAUUCAAUUUCUGGAAACUUCCCCACACCCAUGACAAACUGUGUAAACCUUCUGGCUUUAGAUGUCAGCCAUAACUUGUUGACAGAUGAAAUUCCUCCAUGGCUAUACACCUUGGGACUGCAGAAGCUCAUUCUCUCACAGAACAAGUUUAAUGGCAGUCUUGGCGACAUUCUCGGCUCGUCCACUGAGAACUCGCGCAGAAAGAUUGUGUCCCUCGACAUGUCUGGCAACGAUUUGACAGGGGAGAUUCCAUCUGUUCUUGGAGACUUCAGUGGGUUGGAGUUCUUGAAUCUUUCUGGAAACUCACUCAAUGGCAGCAUUCCUAAGAGCAUUGGAAAGCUGAAGUCUUUGGGCAUUCUUGAUUUGAGUAAGAAUGAAUUGAGUGGUGGCAUUCCUGUAGAGAUUGGGGAAGCCACUUCUGUUAGGGACUUGAGGCUUCAGAUGAACUCACUGGCUGGAGAAAUCCCCCCUUCUAUCGGGAACUGUUCUUCGUUAGUGACACUGUUUCUUUCACAAAAUGACCUUACAGGCCCUGUCCCAGCAGACUUAGCCAGAAUUGGUUCCCUACAAAACUUGGACUUGUCCUACAACAAACUAACUGGGAGCCUUCCAAAGCAGCUAGCUCAUCUUCUUCACCUGUCAUCCUUCAAUGUUUCCCACAACCAGUUAAAAGGUGAACUACCCACAAGUGGCUUCUUCAAUGCAAUCCCCUAUUCUUCCGUUUCCGGCAAUCCCGGACUCUGCGGGCCCGCACUGAACACCUCGUGUGACCCCUCCGUCCUUCCCAAACCUAUAGUUUUCCCGAUCCCCCCUAGCUCCCCCGGUGACGAAGGCUCUCCCGCCACAACCCACCCGACAUUUCGCCGCAAGAAGCAAAUCUUGAGCAUCUCUUGCCUCGUCGCCAUUGCCGCGGCCGCCUUGAUUUUUGUCGGCGUGAUCACUAUAAGCAUCCUCAACACGCGUGCUUCCCGCCCUGCAGCUGCCUCGGCACGCGCAUUCUACGGCGGCGACGACGACUUCUCCGCUUGCUCUCCCAGCACCGCCGACGGCUCGAGCACUAACUCGGGCAAGCUCGUCAUGUUCUCCGGCGACCGGGACUUCUGCGUGGGGACCGCACAUCGCCCGUUGCUCAACAAGGAGACCGAGAUCGGGCGCGGCGGGUUCGGACCGGUUUACCGCACCGUCCUCGGCGACGGACGGGUCGUCGCAAUCAAGAAACUCGCCGUCUCGAGCCUCGUCAAGUCCCGGGACGACUUCGAGAGGGUGGUCAAGAAGCUGGGCGGGGACGAGGUUCGCCACGCGAACCUCGUCUCGCUCGAGGGCUAUUAUUGGACCCAAGACCUCCAGCUCCUCAUCUACGAGUUUGUCUCCGGCGAGAAUCUCUACAAACUCCUCCACGAGUCCCCGCCGCCCGGCCCGAGUCUCGACUGGAACGAGAGGUUCAGCGCGAUCCUCGGGACGGCGAGAGGCCUGGCCCACUUGCACGCUGCGAACAUCACGCACUACAACGUGAAGUCGAGCAACGUGAUAGUCGAGAUCUCCGGUGAGCCGAAGAUCUCGGACUACGGUCUGGCGGGGCUGUUGCCGGCGCUGGACCGCUACGCGCUGAGCACGAAAGUGCAGAGCGCGUUGGGGUACAUGGCGCCGGAGUUUGCGUGCAAGAACGCGAAGAUAACGGAGAAGUGCGACGUGUACGGGUUCGGGGUGUUGGUUCUCGAGACGGUGACGGGGAAGAAGCCGGUGGAGUACACGGAGGACGACGUGGUGGCGGUGUGCGACGCGGUGCGGGAGGCGGUGGAGGAGGGGAGGGUGGAGGCGUGCGUCGACGAGCGGCUGCGGCGGCAGGGGGUGUGCCCCAUGGAGGAGGUCAUUCCUGUGGUUAAGUUGGGGUUCAUAUGUACUUCUCAGGUUCCCUCCAACAGGCCUGACAUGGCUGAAGUGGUGAGGAUUUUGGAGUUGAUCAAGUGCCCUUCGCAGGGGCAUGAUGACCUGUGUUAGGGUUUGGAGAAAAAAUGGAAGAAAAAAAAAGAAAAUGUGUUUUGUAUGGGGAAGAAGAAUCCGGUUUUGUUUUCAUUUUCAUGUACGAGCCGGAUUCUCUUUCCCCAAU